UAAAAAAAAAAUCAUAUUUGUAAAUAAAUUAACAUUAAAAUGAAUAACAAUCAGAAUAAUAAUACAAAUAAUGUUCCUAAAAUAGUUAUCGAAAAUCCAAAAGGUAAAAUAGUGCAUCAAGAUGAUCCAACAUCACGACGAAGUAGUAACUUACGACGAAAUAGUAUAUCAUUACCGUCUGGACUUGAUGACAUAGAUUUGGAAUUAUUACAAGCUGCACAUAAGAAGUAUAAUACAAUUCCAGAAAAUGAAACAAGUGCAUCAUCAAGCUAUAGUGGUGGAAAUGAUUCAGAGGAAGACGUAGAAAGAAACAAAGUACCGUUGCGAAAUGGAAGAAGAAAAUCAGGAGCACCCAAACGACAUCAUCCUGAGGAGGAUGAGUUUUUGGGGUCAGCAGAAAGUUCACCGAAUAAUUCCAUUACGUCGGUAAACUCUUUGGCUAGUUUGCUCAAAGAAAAAAUGCAGAUGUUUCCAAAUGCAUUAAAAAAGAGACAACAAACGACUGAUAUUAAACUACGAGCAUUUGUAACAUUUUUAUUUUUAUCGAUAGUAUUUAUUGUAAGUUUAGCAUAUAUUUUAUACCACCAAAAAGUACUACAAAAAGCAUAUUUUCAUCGAAUCAAAUUCAAUAAAAUCGAACGUACUAUGAGAAUAUUUAAUAAUGAUGGUAUCGAAAUUAUUCGUGGUAUUUUAGGUGUAACAGUAUCAGGUGAAAAUGCCUAUAAUUGUUUAAAGGAGAAUGAAAAAACGGAUGGCUCUUUAUGUUUUGAAUGGAUGUCCGAAGCACGAUUAUAUUUAAGUUACAAAGAAAUAAAUAAAGAUGUACGAUGUUAUAAUUUAAAUUGGAUAUCGUUGGCAUCUGAUGUAGCACCAACCGAUUGUUUUGAUUUAAAUGUUGGUAAAGGCUAUUGGUAUGGUGGUGGACAAACAGCAGAUCCAGCAUGGCCAUUGCAAAAGAAAUCAUUUGAUUAUGCACCGUUUAUAACCGGUGAUAUUGCAAAAAAUACCUGGGGAAAUGUAUUAAAGAGAUAUUUUAUUAGUUCAAGAGGUGUUGCAAUUGUAGUAGAUAACGAAUCACCAUUACAUAUUGCAAUAAAUGCAACAAAUUCUAAAAAAUUAUGUUUGCGAGCACAAUUUGAUGAGUUUUCUUAUGUGAAUCAUAGAACCUUGCAUCCUCAUUUAAAUUAUAGUAUAUGUACAGGGCCAAAUAUGAAAAUCUUACAUUCAUCGUUAUCGGAGAAAUCAUUGUGGGAUGGAUUAAAACCCGAAGAUAUUAGUACUGUGAAUUCAUUUAUAAGUGAACCAGUAUGGCAGAUUGCACCACCAAUUAAAAGUGAUUUAAUAGAAGCAACAAUUUAUAAUUACACAGAGGAUGUAAUUGCACUAGGAUUCUUUAAACAGGGACACGUUUUAGUUAAUGAAUUUUGGCAAGGAGAAGUGGGUGAUUUUACAUUGGACGAAGAACGUUUUCAAACAUUAGACGAAACGGUGAAAAUAAUUCGACGGCGAGGAUUUCGUACUGUAUUCUCAAUUCAACCAUUUAUAUCCACUGAGAGUGUUAAUUUUGUUGAGUGUGUUCGAAAAGGCUUGCUUAUUACAGAAAGACAUUCAGAUCAACGUAUACCAGCGUUAACACGAUAUAAGUCAUUACAAAGUGCUGGUGUAUUAGAUUUUACUAAAAAUGAAACUAUGCCAUGGCUAAAAGCCCAGUUGGAAUUGGUCAUGAAAAGAUACUCUAUUGAUGCAUUUUAUUUAGAUUUGGGUACUGCGUUUGACAUGCCACAUUAUUAUCAGUGCAAUAUUCAUUCAACCAACCCAGAUGAGUUUAGGACGUAUCUUAUCAACAGUUUGCAAGGUACAGUUAGUAUAAUAGGAGUGUCAAGUGCUGUUCAACGACCCAGAGCGCCAAUAUUUGUAUCAUUACCACCAUUUGAAUCAUCAUGGAGAUCUAUAAAACGGGUUAUACCAACAGUUUUAACAUAUGGAAUUAUUGGAUAUCCUUUUAUUAUGUCUGGCGCGGUUGGUGGUGAUUUUCAACCAGAAACAAUGUGGCGUAAUAUUACAGACGAUAAUGAGGCUUUGUUGGAUAAAGAAUUAUAUAUAAGAUGGUUACAAUUAAGCACAUUUUUACCAGUGAUACGUUUUACAGAUUUACCUAGUAAAUAUGGAAAAGAUGUAUUAGAUAUGGCUAAGCGAUUAACAUCCUUAAGAUUGAAUGUAAUAACACCAUUACUACGGAAAUAUGCCAGAGAAACAUUAGAUUCUGGUUUGCCACUGAUACGUCCAUUGUGGAUGAUAGAUCCCGUUGAUCAAGCUUGCCAUGCUGUGACUGAUGAGUUUUCUAUAGGCGAGGAAGUUAUCGUUGCACCAAUUUUACAACCUGGUGUUAGACAUAGAGAAGUUUAUUUACCAGCUGGUGUAUGGAAGGAUGGUAUUGAUGGUAGUUUACGUAAAGGAAGUAGAUGGAUACAUAAUUAUAGAGUGCUAGAAGAUCAAAUUGCGUACUUUCAAAAAAUGCCUGAUAAUACUAGAUUUUAAACUUCUUAAGAAGUUUUCGUAAACAAAUCUUUCUUGAAAAAGUCUUUAGAUAUUCAAGUUAAAGUAAUUUUUUAUAAAGUGAAAUUUCAAAUUCCUUACUAAAAAAAUUUGUUUAUUUAAACCCCAUUUUCAAUGUAUCAAGUUUUAAUUAUUGCAGGCAGCUGUAACUAUUUUCAAAUAAAUUUGUCAAAACCAGUGGAAAUCCGAAUACAAAACACGGUAGUCUGUGUAUGGACAUAUCGAUAGUGGCGGACGCCAAUUUUCGUUUUUUUACUGGUUCUUUUAAUUUUCUCACGUCCAAACAUUUUAUCUCGACCCUUCGUUUGUAUAAGUCAGUAGACAGUUUUUAUUAAACUUUUAAUUUCAAAAUAUAAUCAAAGGCUAUUGUUCUAUUCUACCUUCGAUAAAGCGAUGUAAACUACCUUCUACCAUCGAUAAAGCGAACAAUCAAAGAGUUCAAAAGAAUUCGCCGAGAUGUCGAUCUUUGGUUUGGGUUAUGCCAUCGAGUAAUAUUUUGAAAUUAUUAAAUUCGUUUUAAUUACUUUAAAAAUU